AUGCUGCUGCUGCUGCUGUUGCUGCAGCCGACAUCAGCAUCAAAGGUGCCGCCCGGUAAAUUGCAGUCGACGUUUCUGCAGUCUGAGGGCGUCACGCGCGCGCGCACCGUGCACGACGCAUUUGUUUCCGCCGCUCACAGCGGCGGCGGCGCCGCCGCCACUGCGAUCAUGUGCGUGCGGACACUCGUUCGCGCUCGAACGAGUUCGCCUACGCGUACUUUGACUUGACGCAUCCGCACACACGCGCGGCAUUUGGGAGACUCGAUAAGCAGGUAGAGGGACGCGGGAGAGCGGGGGGGGGGAGAGGCCGGCCGAAGCAAUGGCCAGCACAUUUAUCUAGAACGGAUCAGAGAGGCCGCCGGUACUGGCCUCUUCUUCCGCUAGCUCCUCCUCCUCCUCGUCAUGGUCGGGCCGAGCCCUCAAAGAGGAAGAGGACCUGUGAGUGACGACUAAUCACGCAGGUCCAGUGACGUGCGUUCCUCGGCGGCGGCGGCGGCGGCCAUGCCAUGGCCUCGGCUGCGUGUUCGGUCCGUUAGGCCCUUCAACACACACACACGCAUGCGCGCUGCGAAACGACGCCGUGGCUUGCAAUAAAGGCCAAACGCCACAUUACUCUCCCUCUGUCGGGCUCCGCGUGCUCGACUUCGCUGUGAUUCGCUUUAAUACGCGCCGCAACCGGCUCCUUUGUCGAUCAUUUCCCUUCGUUAGGGGCUAAGGGAAAGUCCCCUCGGAGUCUGAUAUUUCCACAGUCCAGCAGCCUGCGGCCAUAAAACCCCCAUCUUCGCAGUGGAUCGACCUGACUGGAGAAACAGGAUGUCGAAGUCGAUCGCAGCGGUCAUUAGCCACACUUUAGAAGGAGGAAGAAGCAUGUGGAGGAAGUGUGGUUUCGAAUAGUUGGGUAUUGUCCUGAUCGACUUUCAUGAUUUUGCUGCCUUGACUGUUUGUCUUCCGACUAGCGCGAUAACAAAAGUGAUGAACGGCCUGCGCGUUUGAUACUCUCGCCAGAUGAGGAUCGUGCAGCCCAGGGGAUGGCCGUUUGACCCGACGGUCCGUUGACCACCUCGUCACGUGCAAGGUCACUUAGCUCUUCUCUGGCUGAUCUCAUGUCAUAAUCUUUGGUCAGAAACGCUAAUAGCCGUAUUGAGUCGUCUAACCCAAACCCUCUUCGUGGUUGUCUUACCUUAACCCCCAUAGCAGUGAUGGCGUAAGACCCGGAAAACGAGUGGGAGAUCGAUAGAUCGGUUGACUGAACCGGCCUUUAAGAAUUGCGUUCCGAAUGAAAGUCCUUAGGUCUUGAAGAUAUUUUGAUCUAAAAUAGUUUCGUCUUGGAAGUGCAUUGCGAACUGAGAUGUGUGCUUCAGUUUCCUCCUGAACAAGUCAAGAAGUCUGACUAAUCCCGAAAGCGGAUGGUGACGCGUGUUGUCUGGGAAUUCACAAGUUAGGAUUCUUGUAAUCACAUUCGAAAAUAGACAAGCAUUUUUAAAAUCUGACUGUAAAUUAACGAACUCGGCCCUCCCUGUGAUUUCGCCAGAGCUGCCGUAUAUCGUGCUGCAAGUCAAACUUUUGUGUUUGAACUUUCACUUACAAGACGCGAUCCCUGACAGUUUGUCCUGUAUAGCGAGUGAGCUGAGGCGUCGACUGGUAAGCCGCUGUGUUUGGUUAUAAUCGAGGAAACGUAAAGAUCUCGACUAAUAGUUCAGUACGCUUCCAGAUGAAGUGCAGAAAUUCUGCGAUGAAUAGUCACGUUUUUACCCUGGGGCACAAUGCGAGGAGUACGUUCCCUAGGACGUUCGGUGGACGCACUUUCGACAUAAGUUGAUAGCCCCGAUCGCCACAGACUGAGCAAGGGACCCAUGGCUUAGGAGCGGCGUGUUGAGCUUAAUAACGCUGAAUGAACAAAAGACGAGGGUUCAGAGCUCAGGUCCCGAAGAUUUAUGCUUCGAUAAGGUUGGCUGAUGACGGCUAAUAAGUGAGAAAUAACACCCUCAUCUCUCUCUCUUCCUCUUUGGAAAUAUAAUGAGAGAUUUAAGGUCCCCAAAUGACUGUAUACUGAGUAUACUGCCAAUUCGGUUGAUGGUUAACCUCUCAAAAAUCAGACUAAUAUCCGGUUUUCGAAGAAUGGCUUGGAUCACGGUACUGUAUAGUCGUUAGAAAGUGGUCUCCUACUUAACAGUCAGAAGGCAGUCCAGUGUGUGUUUUAACUGCGAUCCUCUUCCAUUUCUGAAUCUUUGAACAUUCUUUCCAGCGAGGGAUCCUCAUUCCGCUAUCUUGAUGUUACCUCGACCUCAAAUUUCUCAUUCUUCCUUUAUCUUGAAAUUCCUUUUCGUUAUAAUUCGUAAACUCAUUCGGUACAGUCAUCGUGCAAGUUCUUAGCACACACCUCAAUCAGGAGAUUUAAAGAUGCCCGCAUUCACCCUUUAAAUGCUUAUUGCUCUGAGGUUAUUUUCCUGUUCUACUUAAAAAAGAGAUGUUGAUCUUAAGACGAGUCUUUCGAAUGCUCUCUUAUGCUAAUAAUACGAUGUAGUUCAGAAACGAUCAAGCAGUUCGCUGAUCGGCUUCCGGAUGCUGUUAUCCUUCUCUUCACUCUGUUCUAAUUGAUGCGAGGUCCUCCCACCCAAUGCGGUGAGGCUUCCGACGGAUCUCUUGCCAUACGCCGGCGUAUCAGCACUCUGUAUGGCCAUUUCUGGCAGGAUACCUUAUGUGUAAAGAAAGCAAAAUGCGGAAACUGAGACUUGAACCAUCUUGUAAUAGACAUUCGGUCUUAUGCAAACUUAAUUACCCUCUCGUCAUUUGUAAAUUAAUAUCCUGUCCAAAAUGAAUGAAGCCAUUAUUGCUGAAAAUUUUGAAUAAUACUUUUAGGAUAAAGCGUAUUCCUCUCUAACCCCUGUCUAUUUUUCAAAAGCACUAAGGGAGUGGAGUCUGUGGGAAUCAGAAGUUUUUAUAAAAAUACACCAAAUAAGAUUGCCUGUCGUUUUCUUCCUUUAGAUUGGCCGUUCCAGCCCACCGGUAAAAACUCGACGUCGCAGUUAUUUGGUCUAUAUCUCGUUUCAUUGAACUACAAUCGACGGUUUCUCGGUCGGCAGCUCUUCACCUCUCAGCGAAUACCACUCGAAACCAAAAGUCUUAGGCAUUUGAGGAAGAUGUAAUUUACCACAGUAGUAUGUAACUCUACGGGGACAGUUGACUUGUCGCAACCCGAACGCAGUCAGAGUAGGCUGCAACCUCCGCAUUGGUAGGCCAGAUUUACAGCCUCUAAAGCCACGGCUAGGAGACCAGAAUUUGUGCUGAAAAAGGCAGACACACUGGAGUGCUAGCUUCUGGUCAGUGGGACCCCAUACCCAGGUCAUAGAACUUCAAGACGAGGUGGAAAUGUCCUUUCUGUCCUGCAGUCAGGUUAGGUGGGCGCAAGGUGUAUCCUGUUGUUAGAAAUUAUCGGUUUUUAAGAUGGGACUUGUGACGACAGAAGACGUUAUAAGUGGAUUAGUCUUUUAAAUAGGAAACUGAAAUCCGAUCCCAGAUUAUUUGGUCACCGGGCGUUUUCAAGUUCAGUGUUCUACCGUUGAGCCACGGGUUAGUUGUCCCGUCGGCUUUGAUUAGGACUAUUAACCGUCGUGGGAUGGGCGUUCGCCGAUCAGGUUACGGGACGUGUUCGUCCCAUUGAGUCGUCGGCACAGUCUGGAGUCCUCUCAGGCAGUCGAUAGUUCGAAUGUCGUUGCCGACGAUGCCCACCGCGUGCUUCACAACAAGGUGAUAGCAGGCACGGUGACUUGCGAUUGAUUCAAUUUAUAGUAAGCAUAGACUUGCGCAGCAUCUACCACACUCCUUCCUCUCCCCGUCCCCCAUCUGGACCCGAUGUCAAGACAUAGUCAAGAAGACCGGAGACAGGGAUGGCGCGGGUGGAUGGCACGGUCGAGCCUGCACCUUGGCGUUUCACUCCGCCAGAAAGGAAUACAGACAGAGGCACGGUCUUUGUCGACAAGGUAAUUCUGCCUAUGUUACUAGCUACUGUGUUGCUACUGGCGGAGUUCGAGAUUUAAUCACGCGACACAACGGGACGAGUUUGUCCCCUGGCUUGAUCGGUGAUCUCCUCCCUCUACCACUGUUAAUAUAGCCGAUCGCAAUUGACACGACAAGGAGCCCGUGGCUUAAUGGUGAGAGUCAUGGACUUCUGACCGACAGAUCGCAGGAUCAAGCCUCGGAGGUUGCAAUACUUGGGAUUGGGUAGGGCGGGCUAAUGAUUGUAAGUAAACCCCAAACGGCCGUCUCAGUUUCCCUAGUCCUCUCCGGCACUCCUUCUGGUGUUAUUAUCGCUGUCCAUGCGAUUCUCUGCGAGAAUACUGGAUUGAGCCCCAAGGCCCGAAGAGGCGAGCCCUUCUCCCUUAACCUGAUCGAAGAGCGUGUUUAUUUCUCAUGCUUCUUUGGUAGAAAAUCGCGUCCUCUCCAAAUGUUAUACUUAAUGGAAGGUUAUACUUAGGUUUAAGAAAAUGCCCAAUUCCCGAAUAAUUUUGAGGCCGGUCUGCCGUUUCACUUGCAUUUAGGGUUUUCAACCCAUCAGGUAUGUACCUUUCGUGUAAAGAUAAUCACGUAUUUGUCCAUGCUAUUAAGUUGAGACCAGAUGGAGCUCAUAAAAGUUUACGGCGGGGGUGGACUUUGUUGUGUACCUCAUCAGUAACCGAUAACGUUAGUAUUUGAAUGGACAUUGCACAGUCUCAAAAAAUCUCGUAAUUAGGAGCUUUUUACAAAGAAGACGUGAUCUUCUAACAAAUGAACCCAAAAUAUCUUUGUGGAUGUUUUCUACAAAAUGUAUUAGAAUUUAUGGGAGCAUCGAGGGUCAGCAGCAAAAAUGCAUACUAACCAAGUAGUCACUUUUUACUGAGUGCAGUUUGUUAGGCGGCCGAAAAGGAGUGCAUUCAAAAGUCAACAUCCUGUUGUGUCCGAAAGAUCAUAGGAUUGUGUCGUAAGACAGCCAAUCUUAUAACCCUUUUAAUUAAUCCUUCCUAACAGAAAGACGCACGUUAGAAUUUCGGCCAACAUUUUACGUGACCAGUUACCGUCGGUGUAAGUCCUUGUUAUUUCGACGCAGAUAACUGGAAAGAGGGUGAACGGAGCCUCGUAUGUUCAUCAGGAUGGCACUCUUUGGAAAUUUUUCCUUCUGGAAACAUCGCAGGAUUUCGGCAAGUGUUCCAGGAGGUUCGGUGCACACUGGAUCCCCGAUGAAACAGCACGCUUUCCCAGUCACUAGACGACUCAGAAGGUCGUUAAAGAGAACUCAGCAGGUUCUGAGAUUGUUUUCCACGCCCUGGAGAGACCAUUGUAUGAGAUAACAGCUACCACAUACUAUAGUCGUAUAAAGCAGUAUUUCCAGAUUGUUUGACAGUCUCUUUCCCGUUCACACUACCACGACGCGAAGGCUGAAGCCAGUUACUUCAGGAGAAACUCAGAAUCCUAGGACAGCCUCUCGGAUUGACAGCGCAAACGCACACGCUGAUAGCAGCCUUACUUCCUAGACGGAGUAUGUUUGCUCCGCUUACUCCAACCACUCAGAUUCGAAAGUUACAGGCGGUCACUUGGCUACAAGGGGGUGAAUAGCAGAUCACGUUCUAUCCAGCGUGAGGUAGAAUGGGCCAAGGUGAUGGGCCGAAUCUUAUUUUAUACCCGUACCUGCAGUAGACAAGCUCUAGCCCAACCCUAACCCCUAACAGGUACGGCUACCAAAUAAGAUCUUACCAAGUGAUGGAUCCCGUCAGCAACUGACUGGGCUGAGAGGUCUACGAGGGAAGACCCGCAAACUAUAAUGCCCGGUCUAAUAAAAUUGCUUUGUGAGGUAUUUCUGCGUGGGUGACAAUUUAAUGAGAAUUGCUCGUUUCUGUGGAUUUGUGCCUAUCUCGGUGGACCAGUCUACGGUCUCAGUUCGCCGACUGCGAUAUCUGCGAAGGUAUAACCGGCAGGGCCCAGGUAGAAAUCUUUUAUGUGUCCCCUUCUACAGGACAGGAACGCCUUUGUCCGUUAAUGCAGGUGGCCUUGACCCAAAUUCCAGGAAGGGCACCUAUUCCCACGCCUUUUCUGUCUUUUUAUGAGGGCCGAUCAUUCAGGGAGGUAGCGACGAACUGGACGUCGGGUACUUCAGUGGAGGGGCAGUAGGUCCCAUUCCGCGACUGCUUUGUUGUCGGCGCCUAACUGGUCUGUUGCAAAUGCGGUCUACCUUGCGCGCGAAUCAGAUUAUAAUGGGACAGACUUGCGACGCAUCUACCACACUCCCUCUUCUCCUUGUUCCGGGAGCAUAGCAAUGUCAAGAAAACCGGGGGUUGGCUCGGGAACAGCAGCUUUCACGGGAGUGAUUCAAGUUUCACAUGCUUGAGCGCGUCAUUAGGUCACAAUGAGAAGGUGUCAUUGCAACCUGACUCUCGGAACUGGGACCGACCGAGAUGCCUCGUCGGCCAGAUGUGGUUACGUAGCCCCACCUGAAGUAAAUAAACCCCAGCCACCUGUAAUACGGGACCGGUGGUAAUAGGGGUCUUUACGGGUGGGGCCGGGGAACACAGAGGCGACGAGGUCAAGUACUCGUACGCAAAAGAAGAGCUAUUGGGAAUGCGCGGUUGUACUUUGAGUGGUUGAGAAAUAGUCGUCUUAACUCUAACUCUAACCCCUAACCCCAACCCCAACCCACAACCCCCAAUCCUAACCCCUGUGUCCAUCAGGUUGACAUGCGCGCGAUUUAGGUUAUAGUGGUAGUAGACUUGCACAACGUCUACCGCACUCUUUUUCCCUCGCCCAUCUGGAUCCGGUGUCAGGACCAGGUCAAGAAGACCGGGGGAGGGAGAGGUCGGGAGGCGAAAACCCGCACCUGGUUGUAUCACCGCAUCCCCCCUGGUCCACAGCGUACACAGACUAGAAUUUUUCACAUCACGAAAAGUGUGGAGAUGACAGGGGUCUCAUCUGAUCCGGCGUUAGCCGACCAACGCGGCCCGAGUGUUGGCAUUUACUAAGGAUGUGCAUUCCCGAUACGGCCUGCCAGAAUCCGAUGCAGCCCACGUCUUGAUCCAGCACGUCUACCACGCGGUCAGUUAUAGGGGUAGUAUUAAAAAUCACGUCAUGAUAGAUACAAGCACAUCAGACAUAGUGGGGAAUGCGUUGGUGCGCUGUGAGGAUGGAUUCCUCAGUGACGGCUUCUCUCUCUCUCUCUCAUGUUCCAGUUAACUCUCCGAACCUAUCAACAAUCUAGUGAUGAAAUUGAGUACAGCGACCGACGCGUCGUUUAGGCCCCCGUCUAAGGCGCGUCGCUCGCCUGUACGUCAGUAUUGGUAUACGUGCGCGCACUCUGUCCCGCCAGGUAAAGGCGUGCCGCAAGUUAAUCUGACUCCUGGUUUGGUCGAGGGCAUCUGAAUAGUACUUCGUCAUAUGUGUCGUAUGCGCCCUGCACAAAGUCCCCUAUGGCUUAUUUGGGACGGCCGCUAAAGCCUGUCUUUAAAGCGUUGUUUUCCUAAUCCCUUAUUUUUACAUGUCCUGACGGCCUCUAACUUGGAUAUCUCGGUGCUUUGGGGGAAGGCUUCACGGCGGACCGUCUCACCAACCAGUGGGGUGACCAGGAUUUAUCCUGCAGGUUGUCAGUCCUGGUCAAGUCUUCCGUAGGCUUUUACCGAAAGCCCUGAUGCCCCACUGUUUCGCCAAUCAGUUGGCUACCGGGGCGAACAAGUCCGGUUGAAGUUUUGCCACGACUAACUCCCCUCCUACGCCUCAGACGGCGUGCGCCGAGUGUGCCAAAUUGACGCUAGGGGGUGCUGCCGGAUGUUUUGAACCAUUUCCGAACAUGAUUGCCGGGGACUGUGGGAACAGCUCAGUUUUCUACGCACAACUUCGACAUGAGAUAAUGCAAGGCUUGCGCUGCCCCUGUCGAUGCCUCCGCCUCGAACUGUACGUCCUCAGCCUCUGAUAAGCAGUUCACACAGGGGGUAAAGAGGAGUUCUGUUUACUAUUAGUAACAAUAACGAACACGGGAACUGACAUGAGAACGCGAAAAAUACAGGCGCUUGACUGUGUACAUGUGCAUAACUGUGGCUGGGGGUCCUCGAGCUCCGGGCUUUGUCCGAUUGACAUGUGAAUAAUCUGGGAGAGAAUGAUUGAGUGUGUGUAUGCGCGGGUGAACAAGGACAUAAGCAUUCAAGAGUGCAUAGGUACGCAUGGAUUGAAAUUACCAUUCGUCAACUAUUCGGAACGUAAACUUUGGAAGUUGUAUCGCUGAUGGAAGACACCCCUCUCCCGACCCCUCCCCCCUCUUUCCCUACCACCCCCAAAAGUUUUAUGGACGAUGUUUUGGUAGAAAAAACGCUAGAGGUAAAACCAUGAAGGGGAGGGGAUUGUACUGACGACUAGUCGACGCGGUGGAACACACGGGGAUUCGUUCGUAGAACACAAAGACGACAACGGCUACUCAGGGAAGGGAAGGGGAGAAGUGUUAGGUUGCGUACAAAUUACAUUGUUCUGGGGAUGACUUAAGUGGCAUCAACUUUAAGUGUUCUAACCAAUGGUGAGAGUAGGUCAGUGGGAGUGGAGGAGAGUUCGUGCAAAGUGGUUGGUCUGGAAUAAAGCCUCACCUGUGCGUGGACAACUUGGCUUGUUCUUCUUCAACAACUAAACCAGACUUCAAAUGACAUUUAAUAGGGGUGGAAGAAAAGGACCGGUUAGCCGAGUGUGAUUUCACCCGUAAGGCGAAACGGCCUCCUGGGGUUUAGCUGUUGCGCUCAAAAAAGCAUCAUGGACCCUGAAGUAAACAGUGGCCAUCAGGUGGGGUCAGAAUGAAAUGAACGAACUUCGAACCAGAAAAAGUACUCACAUUUCCAGGGCUACGCCCUUAGUUCACCACCACCACCACCACCACCAGCACCACCACCACCACCACCGCCACCACCACCGCCGCCGCCGCCACCACCACCACCACCGCCACCACCACCGCCGCCGCCGCCGCCACCACCACCACCACCACCACCAGCGACAGUUCGACCGUCGACUCCGGCGACGUCCACGUUGUGGUACACACCAAUUUGCAGCGGGCACGGCGACUUGCGCGUGAAUUAG